GCCAUUGAGCACCCAGCACUCCCAGAGAACCAGACACUAUUCUCCCGAAGCCAAUCCAGCUGUGUAUCAUAACUCCCUCAGUAUUAAUCUGUCCAUAAAUCAGUGGCGAGGGAGACCGCAAUCAACGAUGGAGUAUUUGAUUCGCUUCGCCCAGGCCCACGAGUCUUUUCGGCAGCCCGAAAUCCAGGCGCUGGCUGACCUGGCAGGCGUGGAGGUGGAAUUCCUAUACUACGAUAAGAACUCCCCAUUCUGCAUCAUCAGACUACCCGAUGAAGCAGCCGCUCGCGCGGUAAUCAGCCGAAGCAUCAUAGCCAAGGAUAUCUUCGAACUCUGGGGCCAAGGCACCAACUUCGAGGAAGUUUACGCCGACGUCCGCAGGCGGACGGAGGAUCGCUGGGCCCAGUACCAGGACUCGUCAUUCCGAUUCGUCAUUGACAGUUUCGCAGGAAAGCGCAGCAAUGACCAGAAGCGCCAGAUCAUCCAGUCCUUCUCUUUCCUGGGAUUCAAGGGCGCUAUUCGGAUGAAGAACCCAGAUCAGGAUUUCUGGGUGUUUGAGGAUUACGGACUGGAUGUUUCCUCUCCCGGUACUCCUCGGCCCCAUGGAGAAGAGCCAGAGGUUAUUUACUUUGGACGUUGGAUUGCGAAUAGCAGUCGGGAUGUCGUCAAUAAAUAUGACCUCAAGAAGAGGAAGUAUAUUAGCACCACUUCGAUGGAUGCGGAGUUGACGCUCAUCACGGCUAAUAUGGCGCAUGCGGCACCGGGGAAGCUCUUCUAUGAUCCCUUCGUUGGGACGGGGAGCUUCCUGGUGGCGAUGUCGCAUUUUGGGGCGGAGACGUUUGGGUCGGAUAUUGAUGGGCGGAGUUUUCGGGGUAGGGAGAUGAUGGAGAGGGGUGGGACGAUGGGCGUGUUGUCGAAUUUUCAGCAAUAUGGUAUGGUGGGUAGGUUUAUGGAUGUUUUUACUUCUGAUCUUACCAAUACGCCUUUGCGCUCGAACCAGUUCCUGGAUGGUAUUGUUUGCGAUCCGCCUUAUGGUGUUCGUGAGGGACUCAGAGUUCUUGGGAGACGUGAGGGUUUGAAGAGUGAGGAGGUCAUGAUUGAUGGGAAACCGGCUCACUACCAACCCGGAUACAUCGCACCCAAGAAGCCCUACGGCUUCGAGGCCAUGCUCAACGAUAUCCUCAACUUUGCUGUUAGAUCACUGGUCACCAACGGACGCAUGGCCAUGUGGAUGCCGACUUCGAAUGACGAGAUAGAAAUCCCCGUUCCGAUGCACCCGAACCUGGAGGUCCUGAACGUGUCCGUCCAACCGUUCUACAGCUGGUCCCGGCGACUCAUCACUUACCGAAGACUGCCCGAAGGACAAGUCUCGGAUGUUUCCAAGGGUCGGCAAAUGCAUGACGCUGAGGGAGUCUACGCGGAUCAACUGAAUGCCUUCAGGAGAAAGUACUUCACAAAGAACCAGCACGACACAGACUCCAAGUCUGGAAGAGAAAGCUCAGCCUCAUGAUGAAAUGAACUUCUUGAAUAGAACCCUCAACAAAAGCAAUGAACCAUUACUCCAC